GCAUUUUUUUAAUCCCCGUUAAUUAACCGUGUCGGUUGCAUGUCGGGGCCUAUGGUGUCAACAAAGCACUUUGACACGACGGACAGAGCUGACGUUGCGUCUUUUAUCUUUGUUGCUCGUGUUAUCAAAGCUCGGGCUGAGGUUUGAAUUAGCAUGUGAGCUAGCGGUAGCACGUCGCUGUGAGGGGUCCUCGAUUGUAUAAAUAACCGUUUUAAACUUGCACCGUUUGAGGAGUUAGCGAGGAAAUUGGAUUUGUUAUGUUGUGAAUGUUGCAAUUAAUUAAGCCAGAUCGUGUGCUGCAUGUUUUAAAUGCGACAGACCUCGUAGCUUAAAUGCACUGCAAUUAACAGUGUGCCAAAAGAAGGUACUGCGUCUGUAUACCAUUUUAAAAUUGACUUAUUUUUUUGUUUUGGUGCAGGUACAGCGGAUAACUGCAAAUAGUUUCAGUCGAGUACAAAGAAAGUGGAUUCAAUAGCAGUAUUGGACAGGUACCGAAGGAAGGCAGAAAAAUAGUUUAAACCAAAGGAAGAAUGCAAAUUUAAAAAGGGAGUAUGAAGGAAGGAAGGAAAGAAGAAAAAAGCAGGUCUAAGGUGGAAGGAAGGGAGGUAAGGAAGGCAGAAAAGCAGGUUUAAGUGCAGGAAGAAGGGAUGUAAUGAUGCAUGAUUAAGGGGGAAGGAAGGAAAAGAUGCCAUGGAAAAAAAGCAGGUCAGAAGGAAGGAAGGACCAUGACUGUAAAGAACCAGAGCAGCUCAGGAAGCUCUUUAUUGGUGGCCUGAGCUUCGAAACCACAGAGGAGAGUUUACGGGCCCAUUUCGAGCAAUGGGGAUCACUGACAGACUGUGUGGUGAUGAGAGACCCGGGCAGCAAGCGGUCGAGAGGUUUUGGCUUUGUGACCUACUCUUCCAUGGUGGAGGUUGACGACGCCAUGAAAGAAAGGCCUCAUAAAGUAGACGGCCGAGUAGUUGAGCCCAAGAGGGCCGUGUCCCGAGAGGACUCCAAUAAACCAGGGGCACAUCUGACAGUGAAGAAGAUCUUUGUUGGCGGAAUUAAGGAGGACACAGAAGAGUACCACAUCCGAGACUAUUUCAAGAAGUACGGAAAGAUAGAAAGCAUCGACAUCAUGGAGGAACGCUCCACUGGCAAGAAAAGAGGCUUCUGCUUCGUCACUUUUGACGAUCAUGACACCGUCGACAAAAUUGUCGCUCAGAAAUACCACACCAUCAACUCGCACAAUUGUGAAGUCAGAAAAGCGCUCUCAAAGCAAGAAAUGAACGUGAUGUCCAACAGCAGGGGGAGGAGUGGAGGCUCUGGUAACUUCAUGGAUAGAAGUAAUAAUUUUGGAGGUGGUGGCAGCUAUGGUCGUGAUAACUACGGUGGAGGACGAGGUGGUUAUGAUGAUUUUGAUGGAACUGGUGGAAAUUAUGGUGGUGGUGGUGGUGGUGGAGGAGGAGGAGGUUAUGGAGGACGUGGGAACUAUGGAGGGGGCGACUAUGGUAAUCAAGGUGGUGGAUAUGGUGGCGGCUGUGAUGGAGGUUACCGAGGUAGUAGUGGAGGAUACGGUGGGGGUGGAAAUUACAAUGAUUGUGGCAACUAUGGUGGCAAUCAGUCCAACUAUGGGCCCAUGAAGGGAAACAAUUUUGGUGGCAGAAACUCAGGUGGACCGUAUGGAGGUGGCUAUGGCUCCAGCGGCGGCAGUGGUGGUUAUGGCUCACGGCGCUAUUAAACAUUACAUUGAUGUGGAAAGAGGCGGAAAAUCUGUAAAGACGCAGUAACAUGGAAGGGUCUGGAUGGGUAAGACUUUUCCAAAUAUCCAAGGCUGCUAUUUUUUUUAACGGGUAAGUCUUGGCAGAAGAUGUCCGUUAUUUUUCCAUGGUGACCUUCAUAAUGAAUGAAUGGUACACAAUCGCCAGUACUUUAUUUUUUUUGUGUUGCUUUGAGUCUGCGGGUAAAAUGACACGACCCCUCCCAUUGUUGGUGCAAGCACUCAGCCAGCCUGACAACUUCUGCCCUUUUUUGGGUACUUUGUAGAAGGAAUAAUGCAAAACGUGCUUAUGAAGAGUGGCUGCUAUAGGAGGCAAUACAUGCAUCCAUCACUCGUCGACAAAUUCCACAUAACAAUACAUUAAUGCGGUUGUGAAAUUAAUGUUUGCAACCAGUUGGCACGUCUACAAUUGGUGAAAAAUACUAUACACUCACUCACUGCCAAGACACCUAACUAGCAUGGCUAACAGCAGUUCUUUCUGCUCUGUUAUUUCACAAAGUAGAGAAGAGCAGAGAAGUACCUACUCAUUUUCUGAGAAAUAAGUACUUCUGUUGUACUACAUUCAUUCAUCUUCCGUUCCGCUUAUCCUCACUAGGGGCGCAUUUUGAUUUUAUUUAGAAAAAUGUGAACUAUUUCUUUGUUUAUUAAUGUACGUACAACGUGCAUUCAAUUGAAAUCAGUUAUUUACCUCAACGUUUUAGAUGUGAUGUUAAACUGAUAUUUUUGCUCAUGUUGUCAUAUCAUCAGAAUCUGAUACUGGCUCGUGCCUGCACACAAAGACGACAGCUUGAAACAGGAGGCAUAACUUGGCCACUUCUAAUUAAUGGCUUGCCAGGCCUUCUUCACAAAACCUAUGUAGAGGCAGACCAUUUUGACACACAAGAAAAAAUGUUGACUUCAGUAGCCUAACCUAACUGAAACAAUGUCUAGCUAAGUAGUUUCGCUUCCGAAAAACAUAGCUGUGGUUGUAGGGCGAGGCUCCAAGGGAACAUUGCAGUAAUAGAAACUUCUCGAUGCACAAGCAGUGAUUUGAUGGCCCCAUCUAUUCAGUCUUGCCUGGCCAGGCUAUAUUUUAAUUUACAAUACCUGUUGUUGGCACUGCAUUUGUUAAUGUUAUUUAUUUUUAAAUUAUUGAAUCUUUAAAAUAAGUGGAUCUAAUCCAUCAACAGUCUGAAUUUUGUAUAAAAUGUGUAUGAAUGUAUGACACAGAGUAGGAAGUCGUGUGUGUGCUUGUAACAUUCAAGAGACUAUGUAUGAUUUGGACUGCAAUAAAGAUAUUUUAAUGAA